UUUCUCAUCUACCAUCAGCUUGAAAGCGCCAACAGCACUUUUAUGAAAGUUUCCAUGAUGCGACCACGCACACUCUUGCGGCUCACUGUAUGCAAUUUUUAUUCCUUUUUAUUUAUUUACGUCCUUUCUAGUACUAGCUCAUCAAAAAAAAAAAAAAAAUACUUGCUGAAGACCGAAUCAGACGUGCUGGGACAAAGUUCUGUUUGUCCUUUCAAAGGUGUUCCCAUCAGAGAAACAACCUGCCCCUCCCUCCCUGGUUUGCUACUGCAAAAGUUGAAGCUCUGUCAAAUGCUUCCUUUCCAUGGGCGUGUUUAUGGUGGUUAAUUAAUAUCUGGGAGAAGUAUCUUGGAAGCUGUAAGUAAGUAAAGUGGUGGCAGGGAAUUAGGCUUUGUGUGCUUGCUUUGCUUGACUAACGAGCCGGAUGGGAAGCCUCCAUCUCCAUCUCCAUCUCCAUCUCCAUCUCCAUGCAAUGCAGCUGCAAAUCAGGUCAGUCAAACCGUCAGCAUCCCCCUCCCCACCCUUGACUGGACUUCGAUGCACCUCGCCUGCCUGCCUUAUAUUCUUCCACUCCACUCCCUCCUUUUCACAUCCUAGUGCUCCAUUUGGAGUUCAUUACAUCAGCUAGCUGCUGCUGGUGGUGGUCGUUUCGUUGAUCUGAUUCUGAUCUAUUUAGAGGAGCACUGACAAGUACAGAAAGGAGGAAAUUGUAGCAACUAGUGUUAUCAUCAUCAUCAUCAGGAUAUAAUGGGGAACUGCUGCACAGGCUCUGCAAAGUGUGCCAAUGCCUCCACUCCAUUUGAAUCAAAGGUCACAAGCAGGAGCACCGCGUCCAACAACAGUAACAACUCGACGGCGACAGCAGGCUCCAAGCUAGCGUCGCGCCGCAGCAUCGGCAGCUCGUCGGCCUUGUCCGGCCAGCUAGCGGGCUCCGACGUGCAGGUGCAGGUGCAGGCGGCGACCGGGGCCGGGGCCGGGCUCAAGUCGUUCAGCAUGAGCGAGCUCCGGGCGGCGACCAAGAACUUCGGGUCGACGUCGUACCUGGGCGAGGGCGGGUUCGGGUGCGUGUACAAGGGCUGGAUCGACGAGGCGACGCUGGCGCCGACCAGGCCGGGCGUCGGCCGGAUGGUGGCCAUCAAGAAGCUCAAGGAGGAGAGCUUCCAGGGCCACCGGGAGUGGCUGGCCGAGGUCACCUACCUGGGCCAGCUCCACCACGCCAACCUCGUCACCCUCGUCGGCUACUGCUCCGACUCCGGCGCCAACAAGCUGCUGGUGUACGAGUACAUGCUCCGCGGCAGCCUGGAGAACCACCUCUUCCGCCGCGCCACGCAGCCGCUGUCGUGGCCCAUGCGCGUCUCCAUCGCCGUCGACGUCGCGCGCGGCCUCACCUUCCUGCACGCGCGCGACGACAGCCCCGUCAUCUUCCGCGACCUCAAGUCCUCCAACGUCCUCCUCGACUCCGACUACCGGGCCAAGCUGUCGGACUUCGGGCUGGCCAGGAACGGGCCCACGGGGGACAAGAGCCACGUCUCCACGCGCGUCGUCGGGACCCGGGGCUACGCCGCGCCGGAGUACAUCGCCACGGGCCACCUGUCGACCAAGAGCGACGUGUACAGCUUCGGCGUCGUGCUGCUGGAGCUCAUGACGGGGCGGCGUGCCGUGGACGACGCCCGCGGCGGGACGCUGGUGGACUGGGCGUACCCGCAGCUCGGGGAUCGCCGGAAGGUGAUCCGGAUCAUGGACACCAGGCUGGGCGGGCAGUACCCCAAGAAGCAGGCGCAGGAGGUGGCCGCGCUCGCGCUGCGAUGCCUCCAGAACGACCCCAAGAACCGCCCCGCCAUGGCCGACGCCGUCCUGCCGGAGCUCGAGCAGCUGCUGCUGCACAACAGCCACAAGUCCUCCUCCUACACCUCGUCCACGCCGCCGCCGGUGCACCGGCCACCACCAGGACGCCCCCACGCCAAGCCCAAGAGCUAAAUACUGUAGCUGAUUGUUGUAUAGAGGAGAGACAGAUUGUUGUAUGUAGCUAGGAUCAUAGACAGAGGUUUAUUAAUAUUCCCUUUUCUGUGCAGACUGAGAUUAUUGCUGUAUUGCGUUCAAAAAGAUUGAGAUUAUUGCUGUG